AUGGAGAGAAAUUUGGAGGAACUCUGGUGUAUCGAAAUAAGUCCAUGACAUUUUUGAUGUGGUUUGCGAUUGGAUUUUGAGUAGCUGAAUAUCUUGAUAAAAACUUCACCUGUCGGUUGAAAAUCAUAUUAUAUGAGAAGACAAUUAUUUGACUGUUUUCAGAAACGAAAAUUUUUUCUGAACCAAAAUUGAUUUUCUGAACUUUCAUAAGACAUUUCGCACCUGGUUUUUCUACUGACAAAAAAAACAAUUUUUUCCAGUGGUGCUCGAUAAUCUCAACCAAACAACCCAACUUCUCUUCUCCUCAUUCCCACAAAAUACAACAAUUUUGCCGACUUUUGGAAAUCACGAUUAUGCGCCAGCCAAUGGUUUCAUCUCCGAUUCGAACUUGUAUCAAAACACCUGGGAAAUUUGGAAAUCGAAAAUCGGCCCAGAAAAUCAUGAUACAUUUAUGAGCGGCGGUUACUAUAAAUAUCGCCUCAAAAAUGCGACGGCUUUGGUGUUGAAUACUAAUUUGUAUUAUAAGUGAGUCAGUUUUGGGUGCGGGGGGGGAUGAAGUCAAAAAUCAUACACGUCAUGUUUUUUUGGGAAAUGGGGACUUUUGUGAGAAACAAAAUUUCUAAAAUAAAAAUCGAUACAAAAUAAAAAAAACCUUCGAAAUUUCCAGAACCCCGGAAAAAAAUUUAAAAAAUUAUGAAAAAUAAUCUCAAAAAAGUACAAAAUUUUAUUUUUCCAAUUGAAUUUGAAGAUUUUGGUCCUAAAAUUUGAAAUUCAAGCUGAAAAAUUGAAUAAAUAUUUUUGACAGUGAAAAAAUAAUUUGGAAAAUUCAACAGAAAAAUCAAUUUUUUUCAAAAAUUAUAAUUUUCACUGUUUCAAAAACUCAAGUGUCGUCUCCGACACAAGCUGAUGACUUCACUCGUCACAGCUAGUUACCCUAAUCCCAAAGACUUACUUCUGUAGCUCAGCUUCCACAAUAUCCUUGCGUCGAUUUCCGCGCUAGAUCCACAGACCGGUGAUUGAGCCAUCUCCUCGAUAGACUGACGUCUCUUCCCUCGGACCUUGCAACCCACCAAAUGGGCGUGGUCACAGAGAGGCUAACUUAUAUUACACCCUUUGCUAUUGGCUGCGCCACAUCAAGAAUCAAAAAAAAUUCAAAACCCAUAUUUUCCAGCGCCAACAAAGCUUACGCUAACUUCACCGACAAAGACGAUCCAGCCGGUCAAUUUGCGUUCCUCGAAAAUGAGCUGAAAAACGCUGAAACUUGUCCAAACCGCGUAAACACUGAUUGUACCUCGAUUGUUCAUAUCAUUGCUCAUAUUGGACCCGGAGGUAUUUUUGUUUUGCUUUCUGGAAGAACGUGAUUUGUGUUGAUCAGAAAAAUUCAAUUUUUGCACAAUUAUCUAUGAUUUCACAAAAUUCCAGUUUUCGAGCGGACCUACAACUUCACCUGGUUUCGACCUGAAUAUAACGAGCGAUUUUUGAAUAUCACCGUAAGAUAUGCUAACUCAAUCGGCUGGAUGUUGUUUGGACACCAUCACACCGAUACUUUUCACCUUAUCAAGGACUCGAAGGAAAAUGUGGUGCAAGCGGCUUUGAUGGCGCCAGCAGUUACACCGUGGUUCUCGUCUUUGGAUGGAGCUGGAGCGAAUAAUCCGACUUUUCGCGUUUAUGAUACGGAUGCUUAUAAUAAUAUUUUGGAUAUUCAGUGAGUUUGGGGUUUUUUUUGAAUAUUAAAAAUAUGAAAGGAGAAUAGGCCAUGACGUGGCUAAAAUUUCAUGAUUUUUGAUAAGCUAAUUACAAAUUGGAAUCGGAAUGUGAUUCUGGAAUUUUAUAAAAUUUUAUGAAACGUAUAUUUUCGGGGGAAUAUUUCAAAAAUAAUUUUUUUCUGAAAAAAAAAUAGGAGUCGUUAAAUUCCGAAAAGCUUUUAUUUUGAUUUUCGUUGAAUUUUUUCAACAAAAACCGAAAUUUUGAUUUUCGUUGAAUUCUUUCAUCAAAAACCGAAAUUUUGAUUUUCGUUGAAUUUUUUCAACAAAAACCGAAAUUUUGAUUUUUGUUGAAUUUUUUCCACAAAAGCCUGGUGAUUUUUUUAAAACUAUUUUUUUAUUCCCGGAACUUGACGUUUUUUGUGACGUGGCAAGUUUUCCAGAACCUACUACAUCAAUUUGGACGAUUUGAACAAAAACGCGAGCACACCUUUUGUUUUCGAAUACUCAUUUAAAGAUGCGUAUGGAAUUCAGGGUUAUAUUAAUGCGAAUUCCCUAUCAAAAGUUGUGGAAAGCAUUAAAAAUAACGACACGGUAUUCCAAAAGUAUAUCAAUUUUAACUCGGCGUUUUGGAAACCUGAAAUGCCUACUGGGAUUUAUCGCGGAGCUCAACUUUGCUCUUUGGAAUAUUCGGAUUAUCCGAGAUAUUAUAGUUGUUUGGCGCAAUAUUCAAAGGUUUCUACAAGAGUUGCUCUACCCAUUUUUUCGAUUCUUGUGAUUUUGUAUAAUGAGUUGGACGGGUUGUGGUUCUAACUUAUAUUUUUCAACCAAACAUCAUUCUACAUUGUAAUUAUUUAUUUGUAUUUCCUGUUUAUCACAUCUCUUUAUGCAGAUAAAAACAAUAUAUAUAUAUAUAUAAAUAUUCCAAGAUUGUCUGUCUGAUUUGAAAUGGAUGGGUUUAUCAAUUAUUUUCGAGCUUAUCACACAAUAUCGUCGUUUUUUGGUUGCUCCUUGAAUGCUCUUUUGGUUUAUGUGGUACUUACGAAAAGUCCGAAGGCUAUGAAAAGUUAUGGCGUGUUGGUCAUCAAUUUUUCCAUAACUGAUUUUUUCAUUUGCCUCUUUAAUUUUCUUCUGAUGCAGAGGAUUAUUGUUUGUGGAGAGGGGAUUUGUUAUAUCUCAAUUGGCCCGUGCUCUCUUCAUUCUGCGAGAUUUUGUUUUGUCGUAUUUAUCGUAACUCUUCAUUUCUACACACAUUCAAUUUGGCUACUUUUCAUCUCCUUUUCCUAUCGAUACUAUGUUAUGGUUCAAUCCGAACCCUCUAUGUGGAGGACACAACUUGUGAUUGCUCUACUCUAUAUUCCUUCGAUUUUUCAAAUCGCAAAUGUGUUUACUCAAAACGUCCCGGAGGAUGUGGCGAAAAAAAUGGUUUUGGAAUAUUUUCCGAGUUAUGAUUUGAGUCAACUUACCGUGACCGCCGUUAGUUCGGUGUGGGAUUUUACAGUGUUGUAUUGUACGGUUCAUAUUGUUGGUGUUAGUAUCCCAAUUGCUUUUGGGAUUAUAGCACUGAGAAAUCGGAUAAUAGCAAAGAUUCGUGAAACCGGACUAGCUACAUCGGAACGAUCAAAACAACUACAACUUCAAGUUCUGAGAGUGAGCUGUUUGGUCAGAGUCUAGUGAAUCUAGUUCAAUUUUUCCAGGCUUUAACAUUCCAAGCGUGUAUCCCAGUAUUCUACCUCUGGGGUGGUUUAUGUUUCAUGAUUCAACAAUGGAACUUGGUCAAUAAUGCUCUACCGCAAUAUUUUAUGUUUUGUUUAUUCAUCCUUGUUCCGAUUCUCAAUCCAAUAUCCUCCUUUAUUUUUAUCACACCCUAUCGUGCUUUUUUUGUUCUUUGUGCAAAACGAAAAGUUAGCGGAACUUCGAGAAAUAUUUCGAUUUAUCAGAGCACUGCUUCUGUUUGA